UUAUUAUAACUGACUGUCGGGUCAGGCAUAAUUGUGAUAUCGUGGUAGAAUAACGGGACAAUGAAGAUUACGGCAGCAAUUCUGCUGCUGGCAUCUGUAGCACAUUAUGUCAGCACAGCAUCAAACGGGUCUUACUGUACAUCCGGAUCAACACAGUCAAAACCGACCGACCCACCGUUUCCCGAUCUGCCCCGGAGCUUCCAGACCCGCCUGGAGGCGAAUUUAAUCGACCAGGGUUUUACCAUGGAGGUUGCAGAGUAUGCCGACGACGACGGCAACAGAGCAGCGUUGACUUUGGUGAGAGGGGGAGACUUCACAGACGUGGUGUUCGACUACAAGGCAGGCCAGGUGUACACGGUGCACGAUGGCGUCUGUGUGACUAAGACGAUGUCCAAUGACACUGCGGAUCUGUACCUAUUUGGCGACAUCGGCAUUAACGGCACCGGUCACAUCUUCUCAACAAACGACAUCAUUAAGUUUGCAAAGCGUUAUGGUGAAACCUACCUGGGACAAUCUGAAGUACGCGGUAUUAACUGUGACAAGUGGCGAACUUGCAUGUAUUGGGAUUAUUUCAAGGCGAACUUCACACUCGACUACUAUUUCUCAGCUCUCAACUGGACAACUUCAAUGACAUAUCCACAAGUUCCAGUUCGGGCGGAUGUCACAGGAAUUAUGCGCACAGCUUCCGGUCAGAUGAACUUUCAUCAUAUUUACGAUUAUUACGACUUCCGACCGGGGAUAGAGCCUGGUCUUACUGUUUUUGAGACACCGCAAAAUGUUGUGUGCCCACACCGGAAGAGCCUCAAACUGAUACCGAAGAUAGCCAAUCAGUUUUACUUCCGGUUGGAGGACACUAACGUACCGGAUGCUCACACAGUCAACAAACAGGCGUGGUACGACAAGGAGUACAAAGUGAUACGGAUGGACUACCCCGACCAGGGACGACCCGCUAUCCACAUAGACGACUUUAAUAGGGGUACCCGCUACACCAUUGACAAGGAGUACGGCAACUGCAGCAUGACGUCACUCCCAGACACUGUAGUGGAUAGCAAGAGAGUGGGAAAGGACAACCACUGGUUCCUGGAACUUCUCGAUCCACUUGAGUUCCUCCGACUCCAAGCCAACUUUGUUUAUGUAGGACAGCGGACUGUACGUGGAUUGAAUUGCGACCUGUUUGUUGCCACGGUGACGGGCAAGAGUGCAGUCUUCUACACCAACACCGCGGCCGACAACGUUACAGUCGAAGCCUAUUUCUCCCGGAGUUCCAACGAAAGCGCUGACACGGGUGUUCCCGGCGACAAGGGAGUCUACUCGCACGUCAUUGUACAGAUAAUCACCUACAUAAACCAGACUCAACUACACACCAUAAUGAACUUCUAUGACUUCGACUUCGGUCAUCCCGACCCCGUGAAAACAUUUGACCUGACGCCAUGUUUCACUGACGCACAGCAGAUUGGAUUCAGCGUCAGAUUUCCAGUUUCUGAGGCCCCGGAUCUACUUCCGUAUGACGUCCAGAUCCAAAACGAGGCUCUGAAGGAGCUCUCAGUGGGGCUUCAACUGGAGCCGACCCGACUGCAACAUCUCCACGUGCACACCGACGACGACAACGUCUACGUUUCAGGGAAACUGCUGGACCGGCCUCCUCUGCUGGCCCGGUAUUAUGUGAUACCGGACCAGACGAUGGAGGUUAUUGACGCUGAACACGACGUCACGUCGGUCGAGGAAUGCGCUGCGUUUUGCGACGUCGAAACCUACUGUGUCACCUUCGUUGUCUGUGGGAGCAUCUGCUACCUCUCACACGUCGUGCAGCAGUACUCGGUUAACCCAGACCUGGGAGGUCUAUGUGACAGAUAUUCAGCUGUUGUCCAGCGUCCAAAGGGACUUCCUGAUCACGAUCUUCAAGCUGCAUGGUCUGCCUUCAACACUUUAGUGUCGAAUGACAGUCUUACUCUCCAUCUGUCUGUACCUGGAUAUCCUGACCAGGGUCUCGGGCUGUUGGCUAGAGAGGUUGUAGAGGACGAUAUAUGGAGACAGAGCUGUCAAGACAAUGUAUCUGGGUCCUCGGGAACUGCAACGUCUUCCACCGAUGCGUCGUCACCAGCUGCAGCGUCAACACCUGAAGCGACGACACCAGCUGCAGCAUCAACAUCCGAAGAGACGACACCAACUGCAGCGUCGAAUACCCCAUCCAGUCAUCCCGAGACAUCGACGGAAAAUCCCAGAACCUCACCCGAAGUGACAUCGGGUCCUCCAUCAGUGACAAGUUCCGCUCCAGUUACUAAGGUCACAACUCCGAAAACGCGGACGACACAAACUACAAUGCCACUGACCACAACCAGAAACACAGACUUCAAACGGUACAAGACGGAUGCCUUUUUCGACGAAACUGACCACGCUGAGAUUGUCGACGUCUUAGAGGAGUGUCUACAGGACUGUAUUGAGGACCCUUUGUGUCAGACAGUCACUCUCUGUCUUCACAAGCAUAAGUGUGACAUCAGCCACACGUCUGUUGCAACGCACGAGAAUCUCGUGAAGCCUCAAUCCGGGUGUGAUAUAUAUUCACUAUCUUCCAACUUUCCUAAGAACGGGACGACAACAGUUACGCCAUCGCCUCAACCAAGUACUAGUACAUCCCCGACAGGCACAGUGGUCAGUGGGUAUACGCUUGUGGCCGUGUCAACAGUGCCAGGAAUCGCCAAAGCUGCUUUGGAGUUGAUUCCAAAUGUCCGGGCCUGUGGCAAGGCGUGUACCAAAAAGGCGGAGUUCCACUGCACCGCCUUCCAGUAUUGUCCCUCCAACAAAAUAUGCAACCUCAUGGACAACAGGCUGCUACCGGUACCACUCACCUUGAAGAUCAAUACAACUUGUCCGUAUUAUAAUAGACAAUUCCUCGAUGACUUCACCUUGCAAACAGGUCCACCAGCCGCUAAUAGCAAUUUUAAGCCUUUAAAUGGCGUCAGUCUUCAGAAAUGCGCGGACAUGUGUGGACACGAGGGCGCAUCGUGCAUUUCCUUCCAAUAUUGCCUGAAUACCAAGGCGUGUUUGAUUGGUACAACGCAGAAGGUCAAGGUCGCUAACCAUCAACCAAAAUCUAGCUGUCAGUACUAUAAACGACCUUUACCACCGGGUGGUCAAACCCCUGACCAUCAACCACUGGGGUCGUCGGGAUAUACUGGAGGUAGCCUUGCGGGGAUGGCCGUGGGCAUGUUGAUCGUCGGUACGCUUGCAGGACUUGGAUGUCUAUUCCUGAUUCAACGGCAACGUAAACGCACGAAUCUUGAUGUUAAUAUGCACAUCAUGGAGUGAGUGAGUGAGUGAGUGAGUGAGUGAGUUAAUACUUAUCGGCACAUCGGCAGUAUUUCAGCCAUAUCGUGACGAGAACAAUUAUUGAUUAUAGCAUAUAUCAAUAAAAUUAGAAAUUAAAACCUGUUGACGAAGAUCAGUAAAACUACUAGUAUAUCAUAGAAAUCCAAAUUAAACUAGUGAC